AGAAGAAUGUAAUGCAAGAGUGAGAGAGAAAGAGAGAGAGAGAGAGAUGGAGCUUUAGAAUCAUCUCAAGGAGGGCAGAAGUGCAGUUGUCACCCUGAGCAAAGACACGCGUCUGUGAAAUUAUCGGAUGUCGAAAUGGGUUUACUGAGGACAACCAGUCUUCUUCUGGUGUUUCUGAGCCAGUGCCACCUCUACCCUUUUUGCGUUGUGCCCACCGAUCAGAUGAAACUGGUGACAGAGCUUCUCACCAAAAUGUUGCAGUCUGAAGUGGACAAGGUCAGCAAUGGGGAUGAACCCAGUGCCAGUGUGGUGCUGAGCCUGAGGCUGGCACAGCAGCACAACCUCGUGAUGGAGCAGGGCCUACUGGAAAGACUGGAAGAGAAUGUGGUCAAGCCGAACAAAACCGACCCACUGGCUCUAUAUGUGUUGGCCAUUCAGUCCUUCUGCAAAGACCCCUCUCUAAUUCCAGCCCCUAUGCUUCUAGAUGACUACUUGAAGGUGACACCCAUUUUGUAUGAGGAGCUCAACAAAGAUUUGUGCCAUAUAGGGAGUCAAGGCAGACCUCUCACCAGCUACAUCAACAUCUUUCAGGAUGUGUUAGCGUUGUGCCUCAUGGGUCAGAAGUUUGUUAUCCAGACAGUAAACAGCCUCCUAUGGUCUGUGGACUACAACCAGCUAGGGGAGGAUGGAAAAUUGUCUGUGGAUACUGACUCCAUGGCCAUUAUUGCACUGACAUGUUUGCGUCAGUCAUUGUCACCUCGGACAGCGGCUUACAUAAGAACCCAAAUACAAACUACUCUUGAAAAACUGUUCCACCGGGUUCUUGCAACAAGACAGGCAAAUGGCUUGUUUGGAGACCUUUAUAGCACAGGCCUGGCCUUACAGGCUUUAUCAGUGAACUAUAUUGACUUUGACUGCACGACCACUAUGCAGACCCUCCUUAAGGAGAUUUCUUUGGGAGCCUUUGACAACCCCAUAGCAGCAUCCUUGAUUAUCCCCACUCUAAGUGGGCGCACCUACCUGGACAUAAAUAAACUGAAGUGUUCAGCUGACCAAGACAAUCUUCCACUGACUGGUUCUGACACUGCUUCUGGCAAUAUGACUGUAUACUACACAGUGAUAGACGACGUGAGCAGCACAUUCAGGGACAGUAUCAUCAUCAGCCUUCCAGUGGGGUCUACUCUACUAGAUGUCUUAAAAAGAGCCGCCACCAUCUCUCCAGAGAAAUUCAGUUUUACCACUCAGCUAUCGAGCCUGGGACUCUUUGUUACAAGCAUCCAAGGAUUGACUAGCAACAAUUAUCAGACCUACUGGCAAUUUUUCAUUGGAUCAAACAUCUUGUACAAAGACAUUAGAGACUACAUACCAAGCAGUGGAGAAAACAUUUUGGCCCGUUUCUUGCUAUUUUAACAAAACUGAGGACUAAGGACGAAACCCGAAGUAGCCACCAAUAUGUUUUGUCUAGGAGGAUAGUCCAGAGCUUUGCCACUUGUUCCUUUCUUUUUGCUUGUCAAUUUGUGAGAAAAUGAAGGAACUCAUUCAUUCUUGCAGAAACUUGUGUAUGGUAUCUGGUAUCAUUGGUUUUCUAAUAAAAACAUACUUACAUUCUAA